AUUUGACCCAUCCCCUUGAUCACCCCCUGGGAGGUGAGGGGAGCAGGGAGCAGCGAGCAGCAGCGGUGGCCACGCCCGGGAAUCAUUUUUUUGUGUUCUAACCCCCAAUUCCAACCCUUGAUGCUGAGUGCCAAGCAGGGAGCUGCCAUCCAGGUGCAGAUCACACCACCGCAAGGGCAGAUCAGCGUAGGAGAUUCCAAGUUUUUCCUGUGCGAAGUGGUGGGAGACGCCAAAGACAUCGACUGGUACAAGCCCAGCGGGGAGAUGAUCCUGCCGAACAACCCCGACAUCCACGUCAACCGCAACGACGAGACCAGCUCGGCCCUCAUCAUCUACCACGCCGACGUGGACGACGCCGGCAUCUACAAGUGCGUGGCCAGGAGCGGCGACAAGGAGGCGCAGGCCACGGUCCAAGUCAAGAUCUUCCAGAAGAUCACCUUCAAGAACGUUCCCAGCCCGCAGGAGUUCAACGAGGGCGAUGACGCCGACAUCGUCUGCGACGUGAUCGGAUCGCCGCCGCCUUUCAUCCUGUGGAAGCACAAGGGCUACAUCAUCAAGGUGGAAAAAGACGUUCGAUACCGCCACAUGGAGAAUGGCCACCUUCAGAUCCGCGGCAUCAAGAAGGUCGACGAGGGCACGUACACCUGCGAGGCUCGCGUCAUGCAGACGGGAGAGCUCUCCUUCAAGAUGAUCGAGGUGGUCGUAAACGUGCUCCCCACCAUCCGUGCCAGGCAGUCCGAGUUCAACGCCACCGCCGACAUCGGUAGCACCGCCCUCUUGGCUUGCGACGCAGACGGCUUCCCCGAACCCACCGUCACAUGGGCCUAUAACAACGUCGUCCUUGAGUCUGGCGAUAAGUACAGCCUGAACGAGGACGGCUCGGAGCUGCUGAUAAGGGAGGUGGUCAAAGUGGAUGAAGGAGAUUACACCUGCAUCGCCAGGAACAAAGCGGGGGAGACGAGCCAGGAAGUCAGUCUCAACGUCUUCGUUCAAGCUAAAAUCACCUACCUGAGCAACCAGACGGCGUCCGAGUUCGACGACGAAGUCACACUGACCUGCGAGGCCUCGGGCGACCCCACGCCGUCCAUCUCCUGGAGCUUCGAGAACAAGAUGUUCGCUGAAGGAGAGCAGGAUUCGUGGACGCGACCAGACAAAUACGAGAGCCAGGACAGAAACAUUGUUGUGCGAAGCCACGCCAGGGUGUCCUCCCUCCUCUUGAAGAAUAUCCAGUUCACCUACGCGGGACAGUACCUGUGCACCGCCAGCAACUCCAUCGGCCAGGACAACCAGCACGUGUACCUGGAGGUCCGCUAUGCUCCAAAGAUUCUGGGCUCGGUGACGACGUACACGUGGGAGGGAAACCCGGCCAACCUCAGCUGUGUGGUGGAAGCCCACCCGGCGGCUUCUGUGACUUGGUUCCGUGACGGCCUUCAGCUGCCCAGCUCCAACGCCACCAAUGUGAAGAUCCACAACACGCGGAGCGUCAGCUACCUGGAGGUUUCUCCUGAAUCCCAGAGCGACUUUGGAAGCUACAACUGCACGGCCAACAAUGUGAUGGGCACAGAGUACAAGGAGUUCCUCCUCAUCCAAGCAGAGGUGCCGUCUUCGCCGGAGAUCCAGCAGGUGGAGCCUUUCUCCAGCUCGGCCGUGGUGGAGUUUGACGAGCCUGACUCCUUCGGCGGAGUGCCCAUCAUCAAGUACCUUCUGGUGUGGCGCAAGCAGAGGCACCACGACUGGACCACCAUGGAGUACGAUGCCACUGAGGACAUGACCCGGAUCACCAUUGGGGGCCUGAAGCCCGAGACCACCUACGAGCUCAAGAUGUCCGCCAUCAACGGCAAAGGCGAAGGCGAGAGCAGCCCGACCAGCACGUUCCAGACCAAGCCAGUCCCUACAUCAGAGGCUCCGCCCCUUAUUGUCUCCACCACGAUGGCGCUUAGAGAACCCGCCGCGCCGAAACUGGAGGCCAUGAUCCAAAACCAGGGCAAUUCUCUAAAGGUCAACUGGAUCAAGCAGGACGACGGCGGCUCCCCGAUUAUGCACUACUUGGUCCGAUACAAGGCUAAGCACGUGUCUGACUGGAAGCCCGAGAUCCGCAUGCCGUCCCGCAGCGAGUACGUGGUGCUGAGCGGACUGGACUGGAACACGGAGUACGAGGUCCGCGUGGUGGCGGAGAACCAGCAGGGCAAGUCCAAGCACGGCGUCGUCUCCUUCAGAACGGCCACGGAGCCCACAACCAUGCCAGGCGCGUCGGGCGGCGGCUCGGGCCUGAGCACGGGCGCCAUAGUGGGCAUCCUCAUGGUGGUCUUCUUCCUGCUCCUGAUUGCCGUGGACGUGACGUGUUUCUUCCUCAACAAGUGCGGACUCCUCAUGUGCAUCGCCGUCAACGUCUGCGGGAAAGCCGGGCCGGGCGCCAAGGGCAAGGACAUCGAGGAGGGCAAGGCGGCCUUCACGAAGGAUGAGUCCAAGGAGCCCAUUGUGGAGGUGAGAACCGAAGAGGAGCAAACCAAGAACCAGGAAGGAGUUGGACCCACCGAGCCCAACGAGACCACGCCUCUGACAGAACCGGACGGGAAGACGAAGGAGGACGUGAAGACUGCGGCGGACAUCAAGACCGAGGCCAACAACGCCACGGCCGAGGUGAAGACGGUCCCCAACGAGGCGCCCCAGACCAACGGGAACGAGAGCAAAGCGUAAUCACCUCAAGAAAAAAGAAAAAGGUCGGGUUCGGGUCGGCUACAAGGGAGGUGGG